AUGAAUCUCAAGACCCUCUUCCUGGGCCUUAGCCUGGGAUUUCUUGCGACUAAUGCCCUCCCGCAGGGUGAGAAGUAUAGUCUCAAAAGCGUCGAAAGAUCCAUCCCCGAAGCAGGCGAAGAUGCCACCCACAUCUCCCAUCUAUUCACGCGAGAUGACAACGAUAUAUUCGGAAAAGUCACAACGGCAGUCGGAAGAGCGGCCAGCGAUGAUUGCAACGAAAACACCCGCGUUGAAGGGCUGUACGUGCCACAAGAAUGGGCAGGCUGGAUCCCCGCCGAGGGAAACAAAUGGGUCCGGUACAACUGCGCCAAAGCAGAAUAUGUCGAAACCUCGACAUUCCGUGGAAAGGUUAAAACAUGCAAGAAGCAAACGAAUGAGAACAAAUCGAACGUCAAUGUCCCACGUGCGAUUGUGACAGACGGGCUAGCUACUUGCAUGUCUAUCAUGGCAGUUUCCAACGCAGGCACUUUGAUGACGCAUGUUUCGCCGCCGAUCUGCUCUAUCAUCAGCCAAGGUAUCAAGGAUGCAUCUUCAGAUGCGCAUAAGCAGGCCCAGGGUCUGCGAAACUCGAUCGUCGCGCUCAGGAAGGAGUAUCUGCCCGAUAUGAGUGGUGUUAAGAUGGUUGUUGUUCAAGGCCCCUAUAAUCCUGGGGUGGAUGCUGGAUCAGAUGGUACAAAGGAACGAGCGCGGAAAGCAAUCGCUGAACUAUUUCAGGUUGAGCUUGAUAAUGCGAUGUAUACGCAGAUCAAUAACCGUGAGCUCUCUGAGUCAUGGGUUCUUGAAGCGGCUGGUGGUGGACGUACGGCCUCGGUUGAAUAUGUCGAUGGACGUCCGAGGGUGAAUGCGGGCGUUCAUAACAUGGAAUUCAAUGCUUCCUAG